CCGUGUGAUUGGCCAGGCAUAGGGCGCGCAGGCGCGGGCGUGCUGGAGGCUUAGGGAAGGGAACACACAAGCAGCUGCUGCGGCGGAGCAGCCGGGGACCGGGCUACCACCUUGUACGCUGGGGCUGGGAGCAGCUGGGUGCAUGGGAUGGAAGCGGGACCUUCUGCACCAGCCCAAACUGGGUAUGUUCCACCUUUACAGCAAGUGUUUCAAGCCCCACGCCGCCCUGGCAUUGGCACAGUUGGGAAACCAAUAAAACUUCUUGCCAAUUACUUUGAAGUGGACAUUCCUAAGAUCGAUGUCUACCACUAUGAGGUGGACAUAAAGCCAGACAAAUGCCCCAGGCGUGUUAACAGGGAAGUUGUAGAGUACAUGGUUCAACACUUCAAGCCACAGAUCUUUGGAGACAGAAAACCAGUGUAUGAUGGAAAGAAGAACAUUUAUACAGUAACAACAUUGCCUAUUGGUCAUGAAAGGGUUGAUUUUGAAGUGACAAUCCCUGGUGAGGGAAAGGACAGAAUUUUUAAAGUGUCCAUUAAAUGGAUGGCAAUGGUGAGCUGGAGAAUGCUACAUGAAGCCUUGGGGAGUGGUCGAAUUCAACUUCCUCUGGAGUCUGUGCAGGCUUUGGAUGUAGCAAUGAGACACCUUGCCUCGAUGAGGUAUACCCCAGUGGGCCGGUCCUUCUUCUCACCUCCUGAAGGGUACUAUCACCCACUUGGAGGGGGCAGGGAGGUCUGGUUUGGGUUCCAUCAAUCUGUGCGUCCAGCCAUGUGGAACAUGAUGCUUAACAUUGAUGUGUCCGCUACAGCUUUUUAUAAGGCUCAGCCAGUCAUAGAGUUCAUGUGUGAGGUUCUGGAUAUACGAAACAUAGACGAGCAACCUAAACCUCUUACAGACUCUCAGAGAGUGCGCUUCACUAAGGAGAUAAAAGGUCUGAAAGUUGAAGUCACACACUGUGGGCAGAUGAAAAGGAAAUACAGAGUUUGCAAUGUUACCCGUAGGCCUGCCAGUCACCAGACGUUCCCGCUGCAAUUGGAGAGUGGUCAGACCGUUGAGUGCACAGUGGCUCAAUAUUUCAAGCAGAAAUAUAACUUACAGCUAAAGUACCCUCACCUUCCCUGCCUGCAGGUGGGACAGGAGCAGAAGCACACGUAUCUACCUCUGGAGGUCUGUAAUAUUGUAGCUGGGCAGCGAUGUAUAAAGAAACUGACUGACAAUCAGACCUCCACUAUGAUCAAAGCAACAGCCCGGUCUGCUCCAGACAGGCAGGAAGAGAUCAGCAGGCUGAUGAAAAAUGCAAGCUACAAUCUGGACCCGUACAUCCAAGAGUUUGGAAUCAAAGUGAAAGAUGACAUGACAGAGGUUACAGGAAGGGUCCUCCCUGCACCCAUAUUGCAGUAUGGAGGCAGAAACAGAGCGAUUGCAACUCCAAACCAAGGUGUGUGGGACAUGAGAGGAAAGCAGUUCUAUAACGGCAUUGAGAUAAAGGUCUGGGCCAUUGCCUGCUUCGCUCCUCAGAAGCAAUGCAGAGAGGAAGUGCUAAAGAAUUUCACUGAUCAGCUGAGGAAGAUCUCAAAGGAUGCUGGGAUGCCCAUCCAGGGUCAGCCCUGCUUCUGUAAAUACGCACAGGGCGCGGACAGUGUGGAGCCAAUGUUCAGACACCUCAAAAACACAUAUUCUGGACUCCAGCUCAUUAUCGUCAUAUUGCCAGGAAAAACACCAGUGUAUGCUGAAGUGAAACGUGUUGGUGACACUCUACUUGGUAUGGCCACCCAGUGUGUCCAGGUUAAGAAUGUGGUGAAGACCUCCCCACAGACCCUCAGCAACUUGUGCCUGAAGAUUAAUGUAAAACUGGGUGGUAUCAACAACAUCUUAGUGCCUCAUCAGCGCUCUGCGAUCUUCCAGCAACCAGUCAUCUUUCUCGGAGCAGACGUGACACACCCUCCUGCAGGUGAUGGGAAGAAGCCCUCAAUCACUGCGGUGGUAGGCAGCAUGGAUGCCCACCCAAGCCGAUACUGUGCCACGGUCAGAGUGCAACGCCCACGGCAGGAGAUUAUUGAGGACCUUUCCUAUAUGGUGAGAGAGCUUCUCAUCCAGUUCUAUAAGUCUACGCGAUUCAAACCCACCAGGAUCAUCUUUUAUCGAGAUGGAGUGCCAGAAGGUCAACUCCCACAGAUACUACACUAUGAGCUGCUGGCUAUCCGGGACGCAUGUAUCAAACUGGAGAAAGACUACCAGCCCGGUAUCACCUACAUUGUGGUACAGAAACGUCACCACACUCGCCUCUUCUGUGCUGACCGUAGUGAGAGGAUUGGAAAAAGUGGUAACAUUCCAGCAGGAACAACUGUUGACACUAACAUCACACAUCCAUUUGAGUUUGAUUUUUAUCUGUGCAGUCAUGCAGGUAUCCAGGGCACCAGCCGUCCCUCCCAUUACUAUGUUCUUUGGGAUGAUAACAGAUUCACCGCCGAUGAGCUCCAGAUCCUCACCUACCAGCUUUGCCACACGUAUGUGCGUUGCACACGGUCUGUAUCCAUCCCCGCACCUGCAUAUUAUGCUCGACUGGUUGCAUUCAGAGCACGGUACCACCUAGUGGAUAAGGAACAUGACAGUGGGGAAGGCAGUCACAUCUCUGGGCAAAGUAAUGGAAGGGACCCACAGGCAUUAGCAAAGGCAGUGCAAGUUCAUCAAGACACAUUGCGCACCAUGUAUUUUGCCUGACAUUGCAAAGUUUUCUUGGUGGAUUUUGUGUGUGCGACUUGUUUGGCCCACACUGUACCUCAUUGGCUUACAAGAGAUGUGUUCCUGGGAUCUUCAGUCUUGCAGAACAUGGGUACCUCAAAACUGACAAACCUAGUGAAGUCCGGGACCAAUUUGGGAAUCUCAUCAGACAAUGAUUACAUGUUGUGGAAACGUAAGAGAAUACCAUUACAGCAGGUCUCUCCUGAUUGCCACAGCAAAUUCCUCGAUGACUUGAAAUGCAGUACUUCAGGCAACACUACACUCCAGUGGAAAAUAUUGGAUGUGCUCUGCAAAAAUGUUUGACUAAAUGAGAAGACCAACAGUUUUGAGCCUUAAAAAAAGUUGACUUUGAAGUUUUCCCAUUGAAAUAACCGAUAUUUAACGAGGUAACCUGUAAGCAUGAAAAUAGCUAGUUUCUGCAGAAGUCGUUCUAGUACUUGGAACAUAACCAGCAAAGUAAUAACCUUUCAAUUUGGAAAGACUUGGGUUACUCGGAUAACUCUAGGUCAUCCACAGGAACUGACCUUGCUGUGGAUUCUCUCCCUCUGUAGGGAUGAAAUAACUGGUAUGCCCUGGGGUUACAAUGUGUAAAACAAGACCUGAAAUAUAUGCCAUAUUUAUAGAGGAGAGGUGGUGCUCAUGAGCAUCCUGCCACAGCGAAUGGAACACUUACCUCUCCACUUUUCCCCUGUAAUUAUAUUGUGCCAUAUGAUCUUCUUACAAUGAGGCAGAAUGGAGCUGGGUUACUCAAAGCAAUAGGGUAUUUAUCCAAUGAUGACCUGACUCCUGCGUGCCUUCUAUCUCUCAAAACAGUUUGCCACAUUUACUAAUGCACUUGACAAAUCUGGAAACUGUUACAUCACUGGUUCCAGUUGGUAGCAGUAAAACAAAAUUGUGCUAAGUGCCUUUAACCAUUAAAGUGCUAGAAAAAGGUAAAUAUUCCUGCUUCUCCAGCUCUAUAGAGUGUACCUAUAGGCACUAGAAACACCAGCCAAUUAAGAAACUGACAUGGGGGACAUCCAGCCUCUGCAUGAUUGCAACAAGGUGAUGUUUGCUAAUGUGUAAUGGGAGUAUAUGCUGCUCCCUUUUGCUCAUUUGCUUAGAUUCCCUCAUGUGUAGUUCUUGAGCCACAAUUCCUGCCUCCACAGGAGUCCAGAAUGUUUGUAUCCGCUAGAACCUAAUAACAUGUUUAAACUUUACAUAAAUGUACAAUGCUGUUAGCAAGCUCUGACAUAUUAUGAAAGCUGGUGGAACACCUGGGUAAGGGAGGAUCUUACUGGCUUACUACAUGAAAUGGGAUCAGCACAACCUAAGUCAGUUGCUGAAAGAAAUCAGAUGAUGCAUCAAUAAGAUAGGUCACCAUACUAAUGAGCCUUUUUUAGUAUCCCAUUCAGAUCACCCGUGUGGUCUUACUAUGGUACAUUUCAUAUCGGACAGCAGAAACUAUUUUCCAGUGGCAGAAUAGUAAAUGGUGAAGCAGAGCACUACACACUAAGCAGUUGACCAUUCCUCAAACUGGGGAGAAAUAGCAAUGACUAAGGACUUCCCUCCACCAAGCUACUGAGUUUUAUACACUAAUGUGAUUAAAUGUCCCAUAUACAGAACGCAGGUCACUUUCAGAAUAUUUUUGUACGAAUGGUCUCCUCAUUUAAAUCUGCUUAACCUCAGGCCACCUUUUGUGUUGUUAAAUGGUGCCAGGUUUCACUGCCAGAUCAGAUUUGGUUCAGUUAUAUGUAAUUCUAAGACUCUUUAAUAUCAAUGAUGGAGAAAAUGUGUCCAGUGCACAGCGGCUCAUACACAUGUCUGGAUUUUCCCUAACAUUGCCAUUGAGCUCCUGAAUGCCUGAAAUAAUAGACUGGAAACUGGGUCAGCUUGUGAGAUGUAACUGAACAAUGUUUUAGUCACAUAGCCCUGUCACAUGGUUAGUUUUUUUUAAAGCUGUUUUUGUGUGUUUCUAACGUGUCUUAACAGUAGCACAAGAGUUAAACCCUUCAGUUACAUAUUAUAUGGUUAAAAAUGGGAUAUCUCAUUUGAAGGUACUUUGGGAUUACAGUGCCAAUACAGUCCCUGCACAGUCUGCACUGAGGUCAGGUGCUGUAGAUUUUGUAAUAUUUGGAUAAAUGAACAUACUUUUGUGUUAUAAUCCUUGUUUAGAUAUAUUUUUUUAUUAGCCUAUUUUAUGAACAUGACAUUGUUACUGUAAGAAAUGUUUGGCAGUAUUUAUUCCUGUGUUUUUAAUUCCAUCAUUUACUCCAAUAUCUGACUUUGAAUUUGUUCUAUAGGUUGAGAAGUUUUCUUAUAUUAAAUUCAGUUCCAUCCCUUUUGCUUAGCAAAAAAUCCUAUUGUGU